GUAUCCUGUAUUCGAGCCGGUCUCUUACCUGUCAGUCCAGAGGCUACAGAAUUGCUGGUGAACAGUGGUGUGCGUUACCAUGAUUAUCGUGGUAUCCUGGUGGACGAAGCAGAACGAUCAAGCAUACAAAGUGAUCUUGGUCCAAAAGCUAAAAUUCUUUUCCUGCGCAACCAUGGUGUGGCAGUUGCUGCUUCCAGUGUUCCCGAAGCCUGGUACUUGGUCAAGCGUGUCGUAGCCGCGUGUCAGACUCAAAUGCGUAUGCUCCAACUGGCAGGUGGUGCUAGUCUAUUGAACGAACUGAAGGAAUCCGCUACACAUUUGUCCGAAGGGCAGUCCAAUUUGACCGGUUCUCGUCCGUUUGCUGAUUCAGAUCAAGCGGAGGAUCACGAGGCGGAUCACGAAAAAGAUCACUUGUUGAUGAACGGCAAAGCAAUGAGUGAGACGGGGGAUAUUUCGUGGACUCCAGAGGAACUCGAGUUUGAGGCAGAAAUGCGUGUACUGGAUAGUGCCGGGUUUCGUACAGGUCAUGUUUAUCGACAACCCAAUCUACUACGCCGUGCUCACGUGACUUCGACUUGGGCUGGUGAUACACUAGGCGAUCAGAUGACCGGGGCAGAAUUGCUCACCACGGAUUUCUCCGCUACAGAAUGUAGUGCUAUGGAUGAUAUUGCCGCAGCAGAAGCUGCUGGUGCCCAACAAGUCGCCAAGAAUUGGCGUGUUAAGCGCUGCAAAUGA